AUGGCCGUAGAGCGGCGGCGCGACGCGGCGGGCGGCGGGCCCGGGCACAGGCCGGCGGCCGGGGAGAACGGCGCGCUCCCGCCCGGGGACGCGGCGGCCGCGGGGGCGCCCGGCGGGGACAUCCAGCCCGCGCCGCCCCCCGGCUGCUGCGCGCCGCCCGCCGCCCCGAGCCUCCUGCUGCUGGACUACGACGGGUCGGUGCUGCCCUUCCUGGGGGGCCUGGGCGGCGGCUACCAGCGGACGCUCGUCCUGCUCACCUGGGUGCCGGCGCUCUUCAUCGGCCUCAGCCAGUUCUCGGACUCCUUCCUCCUGGACCAGCCCAACUUCUGGUGCCGCGGCGCCGGCAAGGGCGCCGAGCCCCCGGGGGUCGCCGGCGCGGCCAACUGGACCGGCCCGGCCACCACCCCCUUCGCCGCGGCCGCCUGGGGGCCCGCGGGCAACCGGAGCCGCGGCGGCUGGGACGGGCCCGAGACGCCGCCGCUGCCCUCGCCGCCCGACCAGGGGGACAACGCGUCCAACUGCGACUGCCACGCGUGGGACUACGGCAUCCGCACGGGCCUCGUGCAGAACGUGGUCAGCAAGUGGGACCUGGUGUGUGAGAACGCAUGGAAGGUCCACAUCGCCAAGUUCUCCCUGCUGGUGGGCUUGAUCUUCGGCUAUCUGGUCACCGGCUGCAUCGCCGACUGGGUGGGCCGGCGGCCCGUGCUGCUCUGCUCUGUCAUCUUCAUCCUGCUCUUCGGCCUGACCGUGGCGCUGUCCGUGAACGUGACCAUGUUCAGCACGCUCCGGUUCUUCGAGGGCUUCUGCCUGGCCGGGAUCAUUCUGACCCUGUACGCGCUGCGGAUCGAGCUGUGCCCGCCGGGAAAACGGUUCAUGAUCACCAUGGUGGCCAGCUUCGUGGCCAUGGCGGGCCAGUUCCUCAUGCCCGGGCUGGCCGCCCUGUGCCGGGACUGGCAGGUCCUGCAGGCGCUCAUCAUCUGCCCCUUCCUGUUCAUGCUGCUUUACUGGUCGAUCUUCCCCGAGUCCCUCCGCUGGCUGAUGGCGACCCAGCAGUUCGAGGCGGCCAAGAAGCAGAUCCUACACCUCACCCAGCGGAGCUGCCUGAGCCCCGAGAGCGACAUCAAAGGCAUCAUGCCUGAGCUGGAGAAGGAGCUCUCCCGACGGCCCAAGAAGGUGUGCAUCGUCAAGGUGGUGGGCACGCGAAACCUGUGGAAGAACAUCGUGGUCCUGUGUGUGAACUCGCUGACCGGCUACGGCAUCCACCACUGCUUCGCCCGGAGCAUGAUGGGCCACGAGGUGAAGGUGCCGCUGCUGGAGAACUUCUACGCAGACUACUACACGGUGGCCAGCAUCGCGCUGGCCUCCUGCCUGGCCAUGUGCGUGGUGGUCCGCUUCCUGGGCCGCCGGGGCGGGCUGCUGCUCUUCAUGAUCCUCACGGCGCUGGCCUCGCUGCUGCAGCUCGGGCUCCUCAACCUGAUCGGAAAGUACAGCCAGCACCCCGACUCAGAGUUGCAGCUGAAGUUGGCCGUAGGCAUGAGCGACAGCGUCAAGGACAAGUUCUCCAUCACCUUCUCCAUCGUGGGCAUGUUCGCCUCGCACGCCGUGGGCAGCCUCAGCGUGUUCUUCUGCGCCGAGAUCACGCCCACCGUCAUCAGGUGCGGCGGCCUGGGGCUGGUGCUGGCCAGCGCGGGCUUCGGCAUGCUGACGGCGCCCAUCAUCGAGCUGCACAACCAGAAGGGCUACUUCCUGCACCACGUGCUCUUCGCCUGCUGCACCCUCAUCUGCAUCAUCUGCAUCCUGCUGCUGCCCGAGAGCCGCGGCCAGGGCCUGCCCGAGAACCUCUCCAACGGCGAGCACUACACGCGCCAGCCGCUGCUGCCCCACCGCAAGGGCGAGCAGCCGCUGCUGCUCACCAACGCCGAGCUCAAGGACUACUCGGGCCUCCACGACGCGGCGGCCACGGGCGACGGGCUGCCCGACAGCGCCACGGCCAACGGCAUGCGCUCCAUGUAGCCGGCGCGCGGGGGGCGCGCGCGCUCCAGGGAGCCGGUGCGCGGGGGGCGCGCGCGGACGGCCGCCCGCCCGCCCCGGACUUUCUUUUCUGCCAUGAGAUGUUUGUAUUUAUUUUGGUCAUUUUUACAAGAAGCACUUUACACCCUCUCAUGAUCUCAGCAAGGGCGUCCACCCUCGGGAGAGGGGCGCGGCCGCGGGGGCCGUGCCGGGGGGCCGGGGGCCGCGCUCCCCAGCAGCCCCCGUCGGAAGAGCCCGCCUGCCGGGAGAUGAGUGCCAGUGCUGCCGUGGAAAGGACCAGAAGCUUCGCGCCCCGCCCCGCCCGCCCAGCCCCGCCUGGGGCCGCGGACCCUGCCCCUCGCCCAGCUCUACCUGUAAACACGCGGCCGCGGGGACCGGCGCGCCCCGCCCCCCCGGGGUCCCCCACACCUCGAGCACAUCACACAGACAUCACCAGCCUGCAGGACAGCCGGGCAACGUGGGGGCAGGGGGCGCGGCGCCCCCGCGGGCGAGUGUCACCGGGGUCCCCCCGGAACCAGAGACGGACAGAGCGAAGCAAUAACCCCCCAGCCCGCCCCCACCCGGCCCGCCGCGCCCCCUUCUUCUCGCUCGCCAGCUCGGGCUCCUCCACUGCCGGGAGUGCUCCGCCGGGAGUGCUCCUGCAGCCGCACCGCGGGGCCACGAGGACCCCCGCCGCCUGGGGCCUUUAUUUUCUUUUAUUUUUUUCUGGAGUUUCCCCGUCCCUGGCAGCGUCUGCGCGGGCCGUGCCCAGGGAAAUGUGCGUCCCUGGUCCGGGCAGCCGUGAGGACACGGAGGCGGGUCAGGGCUGAGCGCACCCCGGCCCCGACGCCUGCUUGCGCCGUGCGCCCACCUUCGCGUGCCAAACCAGAAACCUUUUGCCUUUUCUCAAAUACUUGCUACAGAGCCACCGGGGCGCGGGGGGCGCGGCGGCCCAGGCGGGGUGCCCGGGUCCCCCCAGGACUGGCUCGCUCCGCCUCGCAUCCUUCCCCAGGGCCUCCGUCCACCUUAAGUGACCCACUAAGAAGCGUCCUGACCGGGCCAGCGCCGGGCCGGGGCGGGGGCUGGGCACCCGGGGCUCUGGACGCACCCUGCUCGCUCCCACCCGGCAGUCACUUCUCAGGCUGCGCCCUUGGCCGGGGCCGGGCUGGCUCUGCACUCGGACCCUGCCCCGAGUCGCUGAGCAAAGAAACGGGAACGGAAGAGGCUGGUCGCUGGCGAGGGGGGAGGGGCGCCAACACAAUCCCCGCCGGAGGCCACUCGCGCCCCUUCCUGCAGCCACUCGAGGGCCCAGGUGCCAGUGGAGCUGCCCGAGCCCGUCCCCACCCCGCGUGUCUUCCGUCCGUGUCGCGGCGCGCCCCGCCGUCCCCCCACCCCACCUCGAGGUCUGUCGGACCCGUGUCUGUCCGUGUCUCCUGGGCCACUCCGGAGGGGUCCCUCCUAGCACAAGCCCCGACCGAGCCCUGAACUGUCGUUCGAAGCCGAAUGUCUGCAUGAUGUCGCGUGUCGGCCCUGGGGAGGGUCCGUCUGUAUGUGCAGGACACGAUGCUGCCCCUAAGUUUUCCUCGGGAACAUCCUCCCUACCUCAUCUGAUGGUACCCACUGGAGGCAUCUCACCACCAUUGGCCACAAGUAAUAAACGACCUGCUUACUCAU